CAGUACAGUCAGGAUGGCUAAAGGUGAUCCCAAGAAACCAAAGGGCAAGAUGUCUGCUUAUGCCUUCUUUGUGCAGACAUACAGAGAGGAACAUAAGAAGAAAAACCCAGAGGUCCCUGUCAAUUUUGCAGAAUUUUCCAAGAAGUGCUCUGAGAGGUGGAAGACAAUGUCUGGGAAAGAGAAGUCUAAAUUUGAUGAAAUGGCAAAGGCAGAUAAAGUGAGCUAUGAUCGGGAAAUGAAGGAUUAUGGACCAGCUAAGGGAGGCAAGAAGAAGAAGGACCCUAAUGCCCCCGAAAGGCCACCGUCUGGAUUCUUCCUGUUCUGUUCAGAAUUCCGUCCCAAGAUCAAGUCUACAAACCCUGGUAUCUCUAUUGGAGAUGUGGCCAAGAAGCUGGGUGAAAUGUGGAAUAACUUAAGUGACAGUGAAAAGCAGCCUUACAACAAUAAGGCAGCGAAGCCGAAGGAGAAGUACGAGAAGGAUGUCGCUGACUAUAAGUCUAAAGGAAAGUUUGAUGGCGCAAAGGGUCCCGCCAAAGUUCCCCGGGAAAAGGUGGAAGAGGAAGAUGAAGACGAGGAGGAGGAGGAGGAGGAUGAAUAA